AUGAAGGACACACAGGAGAACCGGUGCCUGGCGUGCCUGAAGGGGCUGCAGCUGAAAGCGGACCCGAAUUUACCGGGUGCCCAGCAAAAAACGCCAUUCAACAUAGGCAGAUGCCUGCUGCUAGUAAUCAUUGUGAUAUACACAGCGACCUCCGCCUGCAUCUACUUUGACUGGAGCGCAAUUCGCAAUUUGUUGCUGAGCGUGGGAAAGUAUAAGAGCCUCAACACCAUAGAGUACCCAGACAUCACCCUGUCCCCUCAGUACAAGCGAAUAAACAGCCUGUACCCAAUGACGCUAGCUAUACAUUUUACCAUGUCUGUUUUUUGUGGCUUUUUAUUUGAUCAUAUUGGACCCAAAUUUACAGCCAUAAUAGGACAGACGUGUAACAUCAUAUCAUGGGUUUUAUUGUCCAUUGAUACCACCAAGGUGGAUACAACUUUCCUCAGUUUUGUGUUUCUAGGGUUGGGUGCGGACACUGCCUUCAUCCCAGUUUUAACCAUUUCCAAUCUGUUUCCAGAUGCCUCCACAUUCAUCCUGACCGUCGUGGGAGCAGCUGCGUCGUUGAGUUACGCCGUCCCAGCUACACUUAACUUCAUUUGCCGCAAGUACCCUUCUCUUGCAUUUCCAUACAUUUGUUACGGGUACAUAUUUUUAAUACUGGUACCUUGUUUAUUGGUGGCCAUUUUUCUACUACCCCUUAAGCCCUUCAAGGGAUUAGAUUACUACCUGGAAAAAGAGCAAAGCAGGAAGAGCAGUAUAGAAGGGAAUGGCCAUCGUGGAAGAGGAGACACAAGAAUAGUUACUAGCCAAACGAAUGAUGAAGUGGAUGUGGAGAUGCAUCCAUUCGAUAAUGAACCAUCAGAGGGUUAUAAAGGAAGAAAUGGAAAUCAUACAAAUACAACACCCUCUACGUGGGGAAGUACACUGAAAAAUGGUCAAAAGGCAAAGGAAAAAUUUGCCAGUGGAACAAGUCGCAAAAGUAUGAAUAGCAAAGGAGGGGCAAGUACCAUGUCGGGUGUUCAUAAAAAACAAGAAACAAAAUCUUCCAAAGCGUUAAGUCAUGAAGGUUCAGACUUCCACAAAAAAAGCAUAACCCUAUUUUUUAAGGUCCUCUUAAGCUACCCAAGUAUAUGUAUAAUUGUGUAUUUUGUUAUUUUUAACAUUUCCACAGUCUUUUACGGUAUGGUCACAGACACCUAUUUUAGCUACGACCUAUCCAUUAUCAAUGUUAUAAACAUAAUGAUGCCCAUUUCCUGCAUCCCUUGUAUUAUAUUUGGAAGAUUUAUAAACAAGUAUGGAGCGGCGAUUAUAAUUAUUCUCAUGAAUGCCUGUUCUGCAAUAAUGCAUUUGACGGCAUUGAUCAAGCACCGAACAGCUGGACUGGUCUCCGCCUUCCUGUACAUGUGCGUCACGAGUAUUUACACGAGUCAAAUUUAUUGCUUUAUUCAAAACUCCUUUCCAUCCGUUGUGUUUGGAAAGCUUCUUGGUUUUGCCAGCCUCUGUGGAGGUCUCUUUUCUCUUUUGUGUGAAAAUCUUUACAAUCAGAUUUUGAGCACGGACGGGAAAAGCAUCGACCCCACCAAUGUCGUACUGUUGCUAGUCAUCGUGUUCAUCAUUAUGUUCCUCCCCCUCACCAUUUUGUACAUGCGAAACUAUGAGCGAGCCAUUGAGGACAUUCACCAGGAGGAGGCCACGUCAUAG